ACGUGCAGUGACCGCCUAUAUUUUGGUGCCCCACUACUGAGAUUGACCCAUCCAUUUCAAGUUCUCGGUAACUUUUAUCUCUCGCUGUAGAAAAUAAGCGACUGUUUUUUUUUUAUUUUUAAUUUUUUGGCUGAAAUCGCAACUGUAAACGUUAGAUGUUUCGUUUGCCGAUUUAAAAAUCGCGAGAUCACUUGCGCGAGUGAGUUUAGGGCACACAUACCUAUGCUUUCGGUUAUCAUUUGUCCAUUCAGAACAAUGACGUGAACACACUGAAUCGGCCUUUUAACGGAUUAAAAGCCAGUGGUAAGGCAUUCAAGUCUAUGAAGGAAUGAAACUCAGAGGUCUACGGAACAAAGUUGAAAAGGGUCAUUUGACUGAAGUGUGGAUCCUCCCUGUCAUGCUCACACACAGCCAUGGUGACUAAAGUAUCCCAGCAGCUUUCUGAGUGAACGAGUUGUGCAAUGGGGACUCAGAGAAACGGCUUCAGCAAACGAGAGACUUUCAUUCUCUCUGUUGAUGUGGGAACAACCUCCAUCAGGUGUCAUGUGUACGAUAAGAGCGCCAGUAUCAGGGGGUCCUGCUCCGCGAAGGUGUCCUUACUUUAUCCUCAGCCUGGAUGGGUCGAGAUUGAACCUGAGGAUCUGUGGAAGGGCUUUGUGACUGUAGUCAAAGGAGCAGUUCAAGACGCUGGCUUACAGAUGUGCCAGAUGGAAAGUCUCGGGAUCUCAACCCAGAGGGCAACGUUCAUGACAUGGGACAGAAACACGGGGAAACCGUUUCAUAAUUUCAUCACCUGGCAGGACUUGAGGGCGGCCGAGUUGGUGAGAUCGUGGAACAGGUCCUGCACUAUGAAGACCGUACAUGGAGUGAUGAAGACGCUGCACUUCCUCACCAGAAAGAAGCGGUUCCUUGCCGCCAGCCUGGUAGUUUUUUCCACCCAGCAUGUGUCUCUGCGUCUUGUCUGGGCCUUGAACAAUGUUCCUCAGUUGCGGCAGGCGGUCGAAAACGGCUCCUGUUAUUUUGGGACCAUAGACACCUGGCUGCUGUACAAACUGACUAAAGGCCUGGUUCAUGCUACCGAUUACUCGAAUGCCAGUGCAACAGCAAUAUUUGAUUCCUAUCAGAUGUGCUGGAGUGGAUUUAUUUGCUCACUUCUCUCUAUACCUCUGUCCAUCCUACCCAGGGUACAGAACACCAGUCAUAAAUUUGGCACAUGUGAUCCAUCCAUAUUCGGGGUGCCCAUCCCAAUCAUGUCUGUUAUGGCGGAUCAACAAGCAGCCAUGUUUGGAGAAUGCUGUUUUGACACUGGUGAUGUGAAAAUUACUAUGGGCACAGGGACUUUCAUGGACAUCAAUACAGGAAACAAACCACACACGUCUAUAGCCGGCCUUUAUCCUCUGGUGGGCUGGAAGAUCGGUGCUGAUGUUGUGUAUCUGGCUGAAGGUAAUGCCGCUGGAACAGGUGCUGCCAUUAAAUGGGCCCAGGAUCUCGAGCUCUUUUCUGAUGUGACGGAGACUGAGGCCAUAGCCACUAGUGUGGAAGACUCAGACGGCGUGUAUUUUGUGCCUUCUUUUAGCGGCUUACAGGCCCCUCUAAAUGAUCCUAAAGCUUGUGCCUCUUUCAUGGGCUUAAAACCAUCCACAACCAAGAGACAUCUAGUCCGAGCCAUUCUAGAGUCUAUAGUGUUCAGGAACAAGCAGCUCUUUGAAGUCAUGCUCAGAGAAACCCGUAUUCCUAUCACUAAAAUCAGGGCAGAUGGAGGUGUUUGCACCAAUAAUUUCAUCAUGCAACUCACAGCUGAUCUGUUGGGGCGUAAGAUAGAACGUCCAAGCCACUUUGACAUGUCCUGCCUUGGAGCUGCUUUUGUUGCAGGACUAGGAACAGGCUACUGGAGGAACCAAGAAGAGCUGAAGAAGCUUUUGACCACUGACCAACAUUUCCUUCCCCGGAGGAGUAAAGCAGACUGGGACAAGGGCAGUCCAUACAGAAGUGUACUGCAGAGCUGGGAGAGGGCUCUUCAGCGCUCUAUGCACUGGUACAGCCAGCCCUGAUUUCCCAGAAUACAAGCUGAUUCUGUAAACUCCAUGUUCAUGCGAACAGGUUUAGGGCGGUUCUCUCUCACACCGAGAAAACACUUGAAAAGUAUGAUUUCCAAUCUGGAUUUGGAAACUCGCUUAUCAACUGUUAGUUGCAGUUUUGCCAAAUCACGAGGGAUUUUACAGAUUUACAUCUUGUUUGUGUAAAUCCAAGUCACCUAGCUGUGAAUCCAGUGUAAUUGUGAUGAUGAGGUGACAGGCUGCAGCACAAUUCUUACUUCAGAAUAAGACCGAUGUAUUGUUAUGAUUUUGCCAAUCAAUACUUUAGUCAUUAGACACUAAAAAUCAAUAAGUGCCUUUAUCCAACUACUGUUUAUAUAUAUAUGAACAAAUUAAUUUAACUUGCUACGUGCCUUAAUGAGGUGCUUUUGUACAAGAGGUCAUCAGUGAGGUGCCUCAGUUACUCAUCUCCCAAAAGAUGAUAUCUCACCCUAAAGGAGUAUUGUAAUUAUGUGUAAUUUGUGUUGUUUACAUAGAUGGGAGUUAAGAAAAAAUCACUGCGCUUUUAUUUUUUUUCAUCAUACAUUGUUAACACACUGUGCAUUCAUUGCAUGUAUGGUAAUUUAUACAAGCAUUCAUUAAUGCUGUUGUAAUUUUCAUGUAAUUUUAGUUGAUAUUUUCUAAUUGCAUAUAUAGUCUUGGCAUUGUGUUUUUUUUUUUUAAAUCAACUGUAU